CGAGGGGCUCGGGGGCCGCAGUGGAAAAGAAGGGGAGGCUGCAUCUGCCUCUGCCGGGGUCCCGCCUCGGCGUCCGCCCGCUCGCCCUCUGUUACUUCUGCGGCCCCGGUGUUUCUGGAGCGUCGCUUUCCCGGUGUCUCCGCUCAGCUUUUCCCUUUCCAAAGCGCGGCCGGGGCCAGGGGAGGGCAAGGCCAGCUGUGCCCUUUGACCCCGUGCGAAAACGGCGACCCUCUGACUACAGGGGUGUGGCCCAGAGCCACUUGGCCAAUUAGGGGUGGGGGCCGGGAUCUUUGUCCUGCGCAUCAAACAGUUGGCCCCUCUGGACUGCAUCUCCGUGCCCCCCAGCCCUGCGGGGUAGAAGAGCUGGGCCUGGAACCCAGCCCUGAGGACAUCCUGCGGCCCAGGGGCAAGUGACACCUGCUGAGAGAGGCCCAGGAUGGUGGAGGCUGAGGAACUGGCACAGCUGCGGCUGCUCAAUCUGGAGCUCCUGAGGCAGCUGUGGGUGGGGCAGGAUGCUGUGCGGCGGUCAGUGGCCAGGGCAGCCUCGGAGUCAAGCCUGGAAUCCAGCAGCAGCUACAACUCAGAGACUCCAUCGACCCCAGAGACGUCCUCAACUUCCUUGAACACCUCCUGCCCACAGGGCCGGUCCUCCGUGUGGGGCCCACCAGAUGCCUGCCAAGGGGACCUCCGUGAUGUGGCCAGAUCGGGGGUGGCCUCUCUCCCACCUGCCAAAUGCCAGCACCAGGAGUCCCUGGGCCGACCGAGACCCCACUCAGCACCCUCGCUGGGCACCUCAAGCCUGAGGGACCCAGAGCCCUCAGGGAGGCUGGGUGAUCCGGGACCCCAGGAGGCACAGGCCCCGAGGUCCAUCCUGGCUCAACAGAGCAAGCUGUCCAAGCCCAGGGUGACCUUCUCUGAGGAGUCUGCAGUUCCUGAGAGGAGCUGGCGCCUCAGGCCAUACCUGGGCUAUGACUGGAUUGCAGGGUCUCUGGACACCAGCUCUUCCAUCACCAGCCAGCCUGAGGCCUUCUUCUCGAAGCUGCAGGAGUUUCGGGAAACCAACAAGGAGGAGUGUAUCUGCAGCCAUCCUGAACCCCAGUUGCUAGGCCUGCGUGAGAGCAGUGGCAGCGGCGUGGAGGAAGACCAUGAAUGCGUGUACUGUUACCGUGUCAACCGGCGCCUGUUCCCGGUGCCUGUGGAUCCCGGUACCCCUUGCUGCCUGUGCAGGACACCGCGAGACCAGCAGGGCCCUGGGACCCUGGCGCAGCCAGCGCAGGUCAGGGUGAGCAUCCCGCUGUCGAUCCUGGAGCCCCCGCACCGGUACCACAUCCACCGGCGAAAGAGCUUUGACGCCUCUGACACACUGGCCCUGCCCCGGCUCUCAGGGCCCCAGGAAUGGCUGGAUCUGCCAGGAGAAGAAAGGGGAGAGCUGGGCACUGCCUGCUGGGCUGGGACAUUUUUCCUCCAAAGUCUGAGAAAAGCUCAGCCCCCAGGAACCUGGACCUCUGGUCCUCUGUCUCCGCUGAGGCCCAGCACCAGAAGCCGUCAGGCACCAGCAGCCCUUUUCACCGGGCCUCACCAAUGCAGGUGCUGCCCCCCACCCCGACCUGGUCAGUGCCCCAGGUCCCUCGGCCUCACGUCCCACGGCAGAAGCCCUGAGGACUGACUCCUGGGGGAGAACAGCAUUCCCGCCACCUCCAGCCUGUCCCCUCUGGCAGGCACACCCAGGAGAUGGAAUCCCCUGCCCGCCCAGCUCAGGCCCGGCUGUCCUAAGUUGGGCAGGUGGGUGGACCCAGGCUUGUCUGCUGCCUGAGUUCCAAAGAGGGAGGACCCUGGGGUGGAGGGUGAGGGAUUCUGUGGAAGUUUGUAAAUAAAGCUCAGUGCUCUGCA